UUCCCACCAACAUUCCAGGAACCUCCCAUAAAGAUUAAAACAAAAAAGCCUUCCCGGUCGCUGCGCCGCCAUUGCUGUCGUCCUCAGAGAAUGAAGCUAUGGCGAAAGGCUGCCGGAGCAAUCAAAGACCGAAAUAGCAUUUGGCUGGCCAGCCUUUCCCGCCGCACGCCCUAUCGCCAUCCCGACCUCGAGGCAGCAAUCAUCCGAGCCACAAGCCAUGACGGCGCUAAAAUCGACUACACCAACGCCCGCCGUGUCUUCGAAUGGAUCCGUACCUCUCCGGUCUACCUCAAGCCUCUCGCAUGGGGCCUCUCGUCUCGAAUGGAAAAAACUCGAAGUUGGGUAGUUGCUCUAAAGGGGCUUAUGCUCAUCCAUGGAGUUUUUUGUUGUCAAAUACCAUCGGUGCAGCGGAUUGGACGGCUGCCGUUCGAUCUCUCGGGGUUCAAAGAUGGUCAUUCGAGUCCAUCAAAGACUUGGGGUUAUGAUGCAUUUGUGAGAAGCUAUUAUGCAUAUUUAGAUCAGAAGUCAGCGUUUAUAUCUUCUGAGGCUAAGAAUUUGAAGAAAGCAUUGAAGCCAACAUUGUUGGACGAGUUGAUUAAGCUUCAACGUUGGCAGUCUAUGUUGGAUAUGUUGCUUCAAGUUCGACCAUUGGAUGAGAACAUGAAGGUUGGUUUAGUUUUGGAAGCCAUGAACAAUCUCAUCGUAGAAGUCUUCGACGUUUACAGCCGAAUUUGCAACGGAAUAGCUCAAGCUCUGUUGAAAAUUUAUGCAUCACCGGCGAAAUCCGAAGCGUCGAUGGCACUUCGUGUUGUCCAAAAAGCAGCAACCCAAGUUGAAGAUUUGUCUCAAUAUCUUGAGGUAUGUAGAGAAAUGGGUGUUUUGAAUGCAUCUCAAUGCCCAAAAUUGGAGAACAUCCCAAAAGAAGAUGUUAAAGAGCUUGACCAGAUCAUCAAUGGAAGUGCUAAUAAUAAUAAUAAUACUAAUGGAGAAAGAGAAAAUUGUGAGCAUUUUGAAGAAGAGAAAAUUCAUGAAGAAAUAAUAAUAAGUGGAAUUAGAAAGAAAGGGUCAAAUAAUAAAAGGGUUUUGAAGACUGUGAUUACAGACAAAUGGGAGAUAUUUGAUGGAGAUUGUUCAUCAAGAACUACUUUACAAGAUCAACACCAUUUUCCAAAUUGUUAUUCUUCACAUUUGAGUGUUGUUUCCUUACCAAAUCAUAAACAAGAUUUACCUGAUUUGAUCACUUUCUAGGGAUUGUUCAAUAUAUAUAUAUCAGGUAUUUGAUACAUUCAUUUUAUUGUGAGUA